AUGAAACCUACCUUGAUAUUUCUGCUGUUGCAGUCCUGCAUACUUCUGGCAGCACAGAAAGGUAAACCAACUUAAUUUUCAGUUACUACCAAUGAUUAUUUCGUGUAUCUUGUGAUAAACACUCGUUCUGGUUGGCUACAUGAGGCGGCGAAGUUGGGCAUCAAGUUUCUGUUAUGCCCAUUGGCUGACUACAGAUUACGGAUCCUUCAACACUACAGAACAGAAUAAUUUUUACGCCUCUAAUUAUCCUUUGUCUGCUAACAGGCCAAUAGUUUAUUGACAUGAUACAUCAAUGGUAGUUCAUUAACUUUCCUUUUCCACUGUCCUAGUUUAUGAUUACCUAGGCUGCUGGAAAGACGACAACUCUCUUCCACAAAUAAAAUUGAACCUGCCAGAACGACAGUCACACAUUUCACUACUGCGUCAGUGUUCUAAAGCUGCUUACUCGCACGGGUUUCCAGUGUUUGGAGUCGUAAACAACUCAGCAUGUGUAGGCAGCGUUCAUGGAGCACUCACCUACAUGCGGUAUGGUCCCUCCACUAAAUGCCACAAUGGCACAGGGGGACUCAGCGCAAUGGAUGUUUACAGCUUGGAUGGUAAGACGAAAUCCCUGUGACCUGUGAAAUGGUUUGACAGCCUACUUCUGGACACACGAAUGUUGACUAUUUAACCCAAUUCAUAAGUUGCCUCACGGACAUGUUUGGUCGUAGGAAGGCAGAAAGAGCGCAGUUGAACAUGGUUUAAUACUAUGAAGGAUAGAUCAGCUGAUACACUUUGCCUGCCUUUGACUUAGUUUGUCCUUCUUCUCCAAUAGUUCAGUCACUAAAUUCUGUAAUUUUUUUAGAGGAAGGGAAACUUAAAAGAGAAUAUAAUGUACCCACACCUACCGCCGUCUAUUUUGACAUAGGCAAGAGCACGAGGAAUACGAAGGGAAAAGCCGUACCGUAGUUGCCGAACAGCAAUGACUUGAAGAAUUGCGCCAUGCUUGUUAAAAGAAAUUUGAGAAACUUUCUAAACCGUCUUUAUUGUCUUUAUGGUCUGUGUUGUUGAAGGCCCACUUGUCAGUGAGCCAUCCGUGAGUUUUUUUUCCAAUGAAGCUUCGUUCUACAUUUUUCCAGAUAACUCUGGUUUCAUUUCUUAAGAUGUGGCCCUCUUACACUGAUUGGUGUUCUCUAUACGUUAAUGCCCUCUUAAUAAAGGUACCACCGGAAGCAAGCGUCUCUUUUAUGAAGAAGACCAAGAGAAGAGAAAUUUCAUCAGUGAUUUGUAUAAUUCUGCUUACGGAGAUCAUGUCUCAAAUAAUGUGAUGGCCGCGUUAAACAAUGCCUUGGAUCAAAACACGGUCAUUCCUGUAAAUGCUGCGCGACACCCAUUGGUUAAGAAUGGUCGAGUAAAGCCACUUAUGUUACAGCCUCUAUUCAAGGAGAUUGACGAAAGUGACUUUAGAGGUAGGAGAGUGUCCCAUCAACUUAAAUUGGAACUCGAGUUAAAAUUUAAAUGUACACUUUUUGAGUUAGCUUUGAACUCUAAUGUCGUAGAGUUCUGGACUGUGUGUUCUCCACAUUUGUAGACCAAUUUGCCUUAAGUAAAUUGAGAUUUAUCAACUGGGUUGAUAACGCAAAUUGGCCACCAGUUUCUAAAAGUGACGUUUCGAGCGGAAGGGCUAACGCUUGAAACGUUAACCUUACAAACUCGUUACGGUGGCCAAGUUACAAUACGUACUCAGUUGAUAAAACUAAACUGUCUCGAAAUACCCCAACCGACGCAGCACCGCAAUUUCUCUAGAAACUUACCCCCUUUAUUCAAUCAUUCAGAACUCAACUUGCAUUGAUGCACGCCUCGUAGGCGUUUUGUGUGAUGUUGCCGUUGAUUUUGUUAGUUUGGUUUCGUUUUUUUUUUUUUGUUGUUUCUUUCUCUUCUUCAUUACUUUUUCAGGUGCAAUUAUGACCAAAUAAUCCUGUGUUGUCCCAUUUUCAGCAUACCGACCACCAACUAGUGGCAUCAACAUUCUGACCAACCCAGGAUUUGAACAGCCACUGGUAAAUGAUCCGAUAAAGGGAUGGAGCUGCCAAGGCGAGACAGAUGAUCCUCGUGGAGGUUUCAUUGCCCGAUACAGUCGGCAGAGACCCAAAGAAGGAAAACACAGCGGUAUAUGUCUUGCACGUCUCUCUGAAUGGGCGGGACCUGGUCAGUAUGUAGGUAAGAGCUCCUACACCACAAAAACGUCGUUGUUUAGUUUUGCUACACUUUAUUUGAAAUUGUGUAUUUAAAGCAAAAGGCAAAAUAUUCGUGAAGUUCUGCACAAGGCAAAGUUGACCAAUAAGAUAAAUAAAGUAAAUGAAAAUGGCAAAUAUUUAAAGAGCCCUUCAACUAGGUCCGUGGUGACAAACUUCCUAAAUUCUUAUUUUAUUUUGGCGAUCAAAGUAUGUGAUUUAGUGGGGUAAACUUAUGUGAAACAGGGCGUAAAGCAACCAGCCAUCAAGAGAACUCCCAAAGAGGAUUAAUAUCUUCCUCUGGUUUUAUAAUUAGAAAAGAGUGCGGAUUUUUUUAAAAGGUAUUCUCUAUUUGUUGAAGUAAACUACCUUGCUACAGAUAAAAUCCUUUUUAUAACUUACUCAGGCAGCAGAGUUUUGCCAGGACGCAUCUACAAAUUUAUGGGAUGGACGAAACUUCUGGACCGUGAAAAAACUGGGGAUGUUCAUAGCCUUGAGUUAUGGAUACGCUUUAAGAAAAGGGGAGACAAGAAACAGAAGAGCAAGCGUCUUGCUAGGAGGACAAAAUAUUCCCAAGGUUAGUAGAUGUUACACAUGAAAGAAACACCAUUUUACCAACUUCGGAACUGUCCCACCAUUUUCCUCGGUUGACUCUUUCCAUCUCUUUCGCAGCUUUAAAGCUGUUGCCAAGUGUAACUUGUGUUGGUUUUGCCCUAUCCCAAAACACAGACCUUAAGUCAGGUUAAUCACUACCAUUACAAUUUCCUCAAAUAUGAUUGGUGCAUUAGCUGCUUUAUUUUUCACUUAUCCUUCUGUACAGUUGUACAUGUAAUUAGACAGUGUAAUCGAAGAGGUGGCUGUAAUCGGACACCUAUAAUCGGACAGUUGAAGCAGCCAAUCAUACUAAUUCCACUCAGCUAAAUCCACCAAUCACAUAAUUGAUCACAAUAACCAUAGUGAUAACCACUUAUCCUGCUUAAAAAAAACAAAAAACUGGGACAUUUCCAAAAUGGAGGAGUUUUUUUACUUCAGAUAUUGUUUGUCCUAAAUAUGUUUGUUUUUACGGAAAUUAUAGUGGUUAUGAUUAAUUGGAAACAGGACUUCUUGUCAUCCAAUUCUGUUUGUAGUCAUACUCGUAAUUGACAACUCGGACUUCCGCUUGGCGGUCAUGCGUUUUUGUUGAUCACUCGUCUGAUUGCAGACCGAAUUGGACUCCACUCGGUCUUAUUACCAUUAUUAAUUACCGUAAAUAUGUUUCACUUUUUCCUAGAUUAUGGCUGGGUCCUUUGGCAUACUGCAUUUGAAAUGCCAGCGGCUAAGGCAGGCUUCCAGUACAUGUUCAUUUAUUUCAAGGGUCCCAAACCUACGGUUGACAUCUUGUUGGACGAUUUGUAUCUCGGUGAAAUUCUUCAAAGGCCUGACUGGAAAGAACAUAGCGAUGCUCUCAUUGAUAAAUACAGAAAAAGAAACGUGAGAUUAAGGUCCGUGGAAGCAGGCAUUUAUUACAGUUCUUUAAAUGUUGUUGGGAAGCGUAGUGGCCUAAUGGUCAGUACGUCGAGAAGCCCGGGUUCGAGACUUAGCCGAGACAUGACACUUUAAUCUCACAGUGCCUCUGUUAUAGGCACACUAAAUUUGGAACCUCGAUCUGUUGUGUGUCCCGCAUCUUCAUGGUGAAAGCGAUUAAAAACCAUUUGCUUCUCCAAUCUUCUUUUCUAUGGGAAGUAAGAAAGUUCAAAGACUGAGGUAGAACCCUAAAGAGCCUUUCUUGUUGAAAUUUUAUCAGAGAAAAGCAACUCGAGUCCCUUCUUUAAAAAUGCACAAAAUCACCUUAGCAAUACAAACAGCUCUCAUUCUUGAAAAAUGAUAGUUGCUAACAAGGAGUAACCCUGAGCUUUAUAUUCAUGUAAGCAAACAAUUAUUUUUGCGAUUUUUACGAUUUUUUAUUUUCUUUACCUUGGAAUGACAAAUUUUUUUGCCUCUCAUUUUUAGUGGAAGUACGCAUUUUAUUGAAGAAUUUCUUCACACCUUAUUUGUAAAUUAUUGGCAAUUGCAAACGAGUUUUGUUUCCGUUUUUCUUUUUCAUUAGAGUGAAUAUCCAAGGCACACGAUAUUCUGCGGACUUUCUUCAAAAUCUGAAAAUGACAGUGAGUAGAACAUUUUUUUUUGUCCCAUGCAAUCAAAGAUCAAAAAAAUAAAAGUCAUAGGCAUGAAUCCAAAGGUCUCAAGUCCCAUAUCUCACGGAGACUCAGCUUUCUUUUCAGUUAUCCACGCUCGUGACAUGAGGACAAAGCGUCUCUCCCUAUUUCUUUACCAAACGCAAAAUUUACCACUUUUUUUUCUCUAUACAUUUGACAUUCCCUAUGCUAACAGUGUACAGGACUCUUGUCACAUAUGAGUUCAGUAAUGGCCUUUCUUUCCAUAGACUUCUUUGAAGCUCAUUAGUAGAAUGUCGAAGCGCGAAGGUCUGAAGCUCAGAAUUAUUCCUUCAACACGCACUCCUGAAAAGUCGAAGAAAUUGUCUUUCUUUAAUAAUUAGCUGGUUCUAAUCUAAAAUGCUUCAUCAAUUAAAUCAUUAAAUAAAACUUAUAACACCUCGUUUCUUAAUCCCUAGGUAAGACAAAAAUCUCACCUCUUUGCAUUUGGCGCGGCCGUUAACAGCAACUUCCUUUUACAUAAACCAAAAUAUCGUGAUUUUUAUCUAAAAAACUUCCAGUGGGCAGUAUUGGAGAGUUCUCUGAAAUGGAGCUAUGUCGAACCUAGUCCGGUGAGUAACCACAACGUAGAAACUUGUCAACUUUAACAGUUCUAGCAUACACUGCAAUUGAUAAAUGUUUGCAGAUUAAAUAGUGGUGUUCAGUCAAUCUAGCCAUUUCAAACGCUCUUCAACUAACUACAUACGAAUGCGUUCCUAUGCACUAUAAAUGAAGGAUUUUCUCAACUCAUAAAAAUGAUCUGUCACUUAUAACUUAAAAUUACCCAUAGGAAACCUCUUAAUGUUGGUGCGAUUUAAAGUUGAAAGCUUUAGAACCCAGUAGUAUUGGAGUAAAGGCAAACGGGAAGCUCAGAAAGUGGAAAUUUUCUUUUUGCUAUAAGCCAUCCAAGGAGUACCUAGAAGAAAUUGCGGUACUGCGUUGGUUAGGGUAUUUCGAGACAGUUUAGUUUUAUCAACUGAGUACGUAUUGUAAUACGUUAUUAUCAAGUUUUUUUCUUAACUUAUCUGUAGAGUGAUUUGGGGAAAGUUCAUUUUAAUUAACUGACGCAUCAUUUGCGUUUUGAACUUAUUAUAGGUACGUUUCACUUCAGGGCUCUUUCAACUACAAAAUUUCGGACGAGGCUGUAGAUUUCCUACAAACACACAAGUAAGAGAUUAACUGAAAAAAACAUUUAUUCUUCUUUCUCUGUUUUUGCGAAUUAUUUUCUAUUUUAGUAACUUAAACUUAAAUGCGGGACUGCACCCUUAGUGCAAUCUGAAGAUUAACUGAGGUCGCCACAAAAUUUUGGUGAAAUAUUUUAUUAACAACGUGCAUUUUGGUUUUGAUGAUUGACGCGAAAACCGAGCAUUUGAAGUUUUUCUUUAAUUGGCUAUGCACAUAUUCCUUCAAGCCGAGUAUGAUGAGCAAGACAAAUGUUAUGGGUGCAGCUAUCUGUAAACCAGUUUACUGCGAGCAAAGCCGCACAUUGUUGUUUAACUUGAGUAGUAACUAGAGGAGUGAACGAUCAACUCUCCGUUCUCUGUGUCAAGGGAAUGUUAUUUAGAAUUUAUCAUUUCCUUAAUAAUUUGCCUCCUUAACCAAUCCUUUUCAGCAAACUGAUUCGCGGCCAUUGCGUCUUCUGGGCAGUUGAUACAGAAGUUCCGUUUUGGGUGAAGAACUUAUCAAAUACCCGACUGAGGGAAAUACUGCAUGAAAGAUUGAAUAAUCUUCUUGAGAGAUAUCGAGGCCGGUGAGUGUAUGAAGACAGAACUUGGAUCUUGUGGUUACUGUUGCUGCUAUCAUAGUCGAUGUCCUUUUUUGUUGCUGCUGAGAUCGUGGUGAAAAAUGUUGUUGUUGCUGUUACUGUCGCAAGCUUUUGCUAUUAAUGGUAAAUGUGAUGUGCGUAUCAUUCGGGUUGCACUCGCUGAUUAGAAUGUUCCGUGGGAAAGAAAAGAAACGGGAGCCAGCAGUACCCUUUCCUCACCUUUGCGAAUGCCAGGAUCCCUUUCGAAAAAAGGAAAUGUGAUAUUGAUCCGUUUGAGCUACCUGCAACGCGAAAAAUGUAACAGAAAAAUUGUAUUUUCAGUUUUGGGUAAACUACUCAAAAGGUCGUAGUUUUUUCGGAUUGUUUCGAAGUAGAAAAUGCUAUCCUAAUAGUUUGUCGACCGAAAUAAUUAAAUUCUACGAAUAAAUUUAGGAAUCAAAGUUGUGCGACAUAAACCAGAGACGUAUGUUCUAUAUUUAUGUCUAACAUUUGCCGUUAUUCAUCAAUAUCUUUUUUAGUUUUAUGCAGUGGGAUGUCAAUAACGAAAUGCUGCACGGAUCAUUUUUUGCGGAUCGUGAAGGUGUCACCAUUCGUGAUUGGAUGUACCAAGCAGCAGCCCAGGCAGACCCGGAUGUUGAUUUAUUUCUCAAUGAUUUUGAUGUGGUAGAAAAUGGACAACUAACUCAGGUGAAUAGGACUUAUAUAGGUUGAAACAAAAGUAAGCGUACAUAAUUAUGUUACAUGUACAUCUUAAAAAUAAAAUUUUUUAUCGCCAAUCACUGUUUCAAUUUUCCUUUUCCAAAAGUGUAAGUACUCUCGCCGCGCCUCGAGCAACUCUUACGCUUUUCUCGUACUCUCCAAACUUCCCGCGAGCAUCCAUAACUCGAUCCACGCACCGCAAGCAUGAACCAAUUCUUUUAUACUCAAUAAUGCUUUGAAAAGAUUCAUGGCUGUAAUAACAUCUAAUUUUACAAGUCGUAAUAGGUGUGUACCCAACUGUUUCGAUCCCUUACGGCCUUGGAGCAAGUGAGGGGUGGAAGUAUGUUUUCUUUAAUAAUCUUUUCAGUGAAUUAGCUCAGCAACGAGGAUUAGGAAUAACGUAGCCUUAGUUUAAGAGAAAUAUGUCUCAGUUGGAUAAAAUAAAGCGGAUAAAAUGGAAUGAGUUGAAAGCCUUUACUCAGUUUAUGAUGGAUGGUAGAGAUGUAUAAGCAUAAAAAACUUCUCUUAUCAUGAUUUCAGGCUUUCUUGGAGGAGGCAAAGGGUUUGCUAUUACGUGGAAUUCCGUUGGACGGAAUUGGAGUUCAGGGCCAUUUUACUGGUCACGUGAAUCCCACGCUACUCCAGGUGAGCGUACUGCCAGGCGAUAAAUUUGUCAUACAAAGACAACAAAAUCCAUUUCCUUAGCUGAAGAAGACUCAAGAUAUAGAGAAUACAUGGGCACGUGUAGAUAUGGAAUUUCUCUUCGAGAGUUUAACUGGAAAGUUCACGAGUGAGCGCAGCGAACGAGUGAGAUGUCGAGUUGAACACGAGAAGAGAAAUUCAAUAUCUACAAGCAACCAUGUAUUAUUUUGUUUAUCAUAUUAACACAAUAGCCCUUUGCUGGGAAGAAAAGCCGACUUCAUUAAUGAAUGAGUAAAAGUGAAUCGACAAUCCUCGAAUAACAAUCGCAGAGUGCGUUGGCGCUGACUCUUAAGAUGGAAAAAUGCGCUGAGUCAUGAAUACGAAAACAACAAUGGUCGUAAUUUUCAAGUUACAAAAUUGUCAUUUAUUGACUUUGUCCUUACCGACAGAAGAAGUCUUUCAGGUAAACGGCCAAAACCGGCCGGUGGCAAAUCUUCCAGUUGUCGAUUUUCAUUCUCAGCCGAAAGUAAUGCUAACACCAAAGCCACCGAAUACGCAACUUUCGGUUUUCCUUUCAGUAUAUCAGUUUUUUUCCCCUUACAGGAAAGUUUGAACCUCAUUGUCUGUCAGCGAUACGGAUUUCUUUAGUGUUUUAGCCGCAAUAAUUCGAGAAAGCUCCGACAACCAACUUGUAUUGAGAAUCGUGAAAGCUUUGCCGUUCAUUCAUCAACCUGACCGAGUGGCGUCAAAGGCGAGUGACGUGUAAGCAGCGGAUUGGCUAUAUCAACACACGUAAAAAAAUACGAUAUUUUCUCACGAGUGUUGUUACGACUUUUCUCAGGGCCGGAAAUCCUUGUAUAGCUCCGCAGUUUAUGUGAUAAAUAGUUGUAUUAGACUAAAGCGGCUUGCAAGGUUCUUAGGCAUGUAAAAUAGAUAGAUAGCAUUUAAUGAUAAAUUAAAAGAUAAUGCUCGCUAAGCCUGGAUAAGAACUAUGUCUUACGAGGAGUUUUGGCAUCUUGACCUCUUCAUUUCACAUGCAUGGUUCAGGCUUCAGCCAAGCAGUGCAGUAUUUUUGCUCAAUUUUGUUAAAAAAGAGCUCUCCGGAUUUUCUUCUUUUCGGAGAUUUUUAGAGUUCUUCAUCAUUCUUGUGUUUUAGUAUCGCCUUAACAUGCUAGGUGAAGCCAGGAUUCCAAUAUGGUUGACAGAAGUCGAUGUUCUUGAAAAGGACCCUAUGAAAAGAGCAGAUAGCCUGGAAACCGUCAUGCGCACUGCAUUUAGUACUCCUGGCGUUCAAGGUUUGAUUCUGUGGAGUUUCUGGGGCUAUAGUUCAUGGAGGGGACCGUAUACUUCACUUGUUGAUGGAAACGACUGGAAGGUUUGAGUCACUGUUGACUUUCCCAUACUACAUUUUUUUUCAUAAAUGUAUAAAUGUAGAUCUAUAGGCAUCUAAAACAGAGAGUUUACGACAAAAUAUGUCGCAGGUGAACAUGUAUUUGGUAUUUUAGAUUAAAUAUUCUUAUCGAUUAAAUGAAAAGAAGUAUCCAGAAGGCAAGUCAUUUGCAAUGGUCUGAUUUACCCGAGGUAAAGCCGAGUUUAUCUCGAGAAAUUGUUGUCUCAAAUCCCGACAAAACACAGUCACGAUCAGAGCCCUACAGUUAGACAGAGUUGGCGUUUUUAUCGUAGCAACUCAAUAUCAACUCUUUAAACAAACAGAUUAAUGCCGCUGGUUUGCGUUACCGCAGUCUCCUGAAACAGUGGACUACCCACGCCACAUUAUCAGUGACAUCUAUUGACCAAUCAGAUGCCUACUUUGACUUUCGUGGUUUCCUUGGAGAUUACGAAGUAUUUCUGCAUCUUCCCAAUGGACAGAAUGUCACUCACACUUUUAGCCUGGAUCCAGGAAAUGAUCAACUCGAUAUCACUGUCCCUUUGCCAGGUGUGUUACUAUCAGUCACUGAACUAUAAGGUACAUAUGUGUUUCUAUCUCGGUAAAAGUGGCUUCUCAUUAUGACAGUUGAGUAAUUCAAGUGUGAUGGUGUACUAUGGCACCUGCUAUGUUACGUGGUGCAAGAAGGGAGAUCUAUUGUAUUUUCCGGUUAAUUCGACAUAGAUUUUUUUUAACCUGCUCCUCCAUUCUCACACCUCUACCCUGACUAGAAAUUUCAAUUCCACAACAAUUUCUUUUAAUUAAACGGUUUUUGAUAACUCAUGGUGUGUUUUGUCCCUCGCAGCGCUAGUUACCCUAGGAACUGUAAAUUACAGAUGAAGAAGUUUAAGAAAGGUUUUUUCACUUACAAUCGAAUUCGGGAUAUGAUGCUACGGGCAAUUGAUAACAAAGGAUGGGACGACACACGCCUUGAAGUCAUAUAAAAUGAAAACGUAAAAAAGCAAUUGACAGAAUGAACGUUAGAGCGUAUGUAAUAAUCAUAAUAAACCAAACAGAAGAACUUUUGCCAUCUAUUUCUGUAGGUUCUACCCCAGUGAAGAGUAGUUCACAGGCUACGUCGACGUUUCCAACGGGGGCCCAUUUUAUACCAAACAUACCUCAGUUCACCUUCAACCAGGUCCAAUCAAACUUUAAAGGUCUCAGUGAUGAAGACGACCAGGACACCGACGAUGAAUUUCCGGAAUCCAAAGGGAUUGCUCAAUCAAGCUUGAUGGGUAAAUAAUCGGUUUGUUGCAAGGGGAAAACGUUUUUCUCCUUCCUCUCCUACUUCUUUUUUUUUUCAUUACGCCUUCUGUCUUAAAUCAAACGGGGAACCAAGGAUCACAUGAAUGUACCGUCAUCUCUGUCGACGAAAAUUAAUAAUUUGUAUAAAAAAUUGGAAAUAAGCAGUCAUCCCUUUCAUGUGUUCGGUCCUUAGAUGAGACGUCACUGUAAACAUCCUCCCCCACCUUCCCCAAACUCUUUUAAAAAUCCCUGCUCUGUACUCCCGGAAUAAUUAUUGCAACAUUGUUACUAAUAAAGAUUUGUGAACGAAGACGGCAGGCGUGGCGUAUAUUGCCGCAGAAUUCGCAAAAGUUGUUCUCGUAUUUCUUUUAGAAUUUCGAGGUCUCUUUUUUUUCCUCAGAUACCUUUAGAUCCUCAAGCGGAGCAUAUGUAGGUUGUUUUCACAACUCUGACCCUCUACAGCAACUGAAGCACAGAUAUGAGGGACACCCAGCCAUGGUUCCAGACAUCUGUGUGCAGCACUGUGGUUCUAACGGCUUCACUUUUGCUGGCUUAUUAAUGGCGUCUGAGUGCCUCUGUGGACUUUAUUUCAAAGGUGAAUCGAAGGUCAGAAACGAGGAGUGUAUGUUACCGUGUCAAGGAGACCGCGAACGAAGCUGCGGCGGACAGAAAUUUAUUGCAAUUUAUUCAACGAGUUAGGAGCAGAGUGCAUUUUUGGUAAACCACUUACUGAAGAGAAGUAAGAGCCGCAGAGGAGUCAGCCAAACCCAUGUAUUCUUUCUGUUUAGAUGAUGGGAGAUACCAUUUUCCUUUCAUCUGGGAGUAUUUUCAACAGGUGAAAACAAGGAAAAGCCUUGAGACUUCUUUUUCCAUUUGUCUUGAGAGUAGAGAAUGUUACCGCCUCU